AUGAAUGAGGACGAGGUCGCCGAGAUAGUACACUUACCGCCUUUAGCGGGCUCUGACUUGAUGGUCAUGACCAACCUUCGCGCACAGUUGAUGGCUGCUCACAUCAAGGCGUGCUUCGACAAGGACGUGAGGAAUACUCUACCUCGCAUGAGGGUGUACGUCAUAAUAGGGGAAAAUUCGUGGGCGUCAAUCUUCCCCAGUGUUUGGGCCCUGGAAGAUGAGGACUGGGCGCGUGGAGGAGGAUUCUUGCACACGGAAUGGAUUAAGGGUGGGAAUCACUUCACGCAAUGGGAUGAGCCGGAAACAAUGCUUCGAAGUUGUUUAAAUGCAUUCGGGUAA